CGACACAAGCCAUUUMAUGUAGUAUAUGGAUUUCUGCCCAGGGAUCAUUUCGCCAAUUGCUGCUCUUGCUGUGACAACCAGUUKCACAUUAUUGUCGUUUGAAAAAUUGAAACCGCUUUCAAUUGAUUGUCACAYCGAAUCCAAAGUUAGUCGAAAUAGAAUGGGUGGUAACGAAGAUGAAAAUCCGAUUUGGUCGGCUAUUGCGGAGCCUCUGAGCUCAUUGGUAGGACUUCAUCAGAAUGAUGACAAGGAGGCUAGUAGAAAGGCUGCGGCAAAAAAUGAAGAAGCCUACAAAAAGCGUUUCCGUAAGCGUCUCCARGGCCUYCAAACGGAGGUAGAAGAGGUYAACGAAGAGGCMACGAGAACUCGACAGCAGCUGUGGGAAGCUCAAGAUAAACUGAGAAGUUCGGAAGAUCAGAUCAGAAAACUAGAGAAUCAUCUGAACGAAAUAUUGGAAUUGAGGGAAAAGGACCUGGAAAGCCUUAAGUCACUCCGGGCAGCCAAUUCUGAAUGUGUAGAAAUGGAAAGCAGAGCCCGAGAAGCCAUGGAAGUCUUCAAGAAGUGUUACAAAAGAGCUCAGCUCAAAUUAAAGGAGAACGAAGAGGAGAUUGCGAUGUUGCRGGAACAAAGGAAUUGUGUGGAACGUGCACACGAUAUGGAUACUGACGUCACGGAUGCAAUGAUCGAUGGGUCGGCGCUUGAAUACAUCAAGACUGUUUCUAACGAAAAAGAAGAAAGAUUGAAGCAAAUKUUGUUUCAUACAGAGAACGAAGUAGAUYUAUGGAAAAGCAAAUACAAAGUAGCCUCGCGACGCUGCGYCAAUUUUCAAGAACAAAUUACAGCCAUCGAGCAUCCAUCCGAAGCAUCGGUAUACAUGGAAAAACAGAGGAUAAAGAUCGAGCAACUAGAAGAUCAGUUAGAAGAGACGAGACAACUUGCGCARGAAAAAGUAGAAGAAAGGGAUGAUGCCUUAUUCUACCCAGGAUAUACCGUUGAUAGUAUUGUUCACCGAGGACUCUGUGACGAAGAUCUAAAWGGAAGCGUGACGAAAGACUUGAUGAAAACAAUCUCGAAGCUAAACUGCGCUGGUCUUCCAACGAUGCCCAACGCAUGAGUGUUUGGAGAKAAAAGGAAUAAUCAAUCAUUGCGUUCAGU